CGGCCCUGCAUCAUGCAGCUCUAACUGGGACCAUCGAGCUGCUGUCUCUGCUGCUGGAGGCCCAGGCCACGGUGGAUAUCAAGGACAUAAACGGCAUGCGUCCCCUCCACUACGCAGCGUGGCAGGGUAAAGCUGACUCUGUUCUAUUGUUGCUGAGAGCCGGCGCUGCGGUCAACUCCCCUUCCAAUGAUGGACAGAUACCGUUGCAUCUCUCUGCACAGUACGGACACUAUGAGGUGUCUGAGAUGUUGCUGCAGCAUCAGUCUAAUCCCUGCUUCAUGAACAAGGCUAAGAAGACACCACUAGAUUUGGCCUGUGAGUUUGGCAGACUGAAGGUGACUCAGUUACUGCUGAGCAGUAAUAUGGUAGCAGCCCUGUUAGAAGGAGAAAGAGGAAACGGCAGCCUGGACUCUCCCUCCACCACCCCACUCCACCUAGCAGCCAGGAAUGGACACAAAGACAUCAUCAAGCAAACUGUAAUGGAAGCAUCAAGCUCUCUUCAAGUUAGAGCAGUGAAGGACUACUGGAAUCUCCAUGAUCCCACUGCACUUAACCUGCGAGCGGGAGAUCUGAUCAUGGUCUUGGAGCAGCACUCAGACGGCCGGUGGAAAGGUCACAUCCACGACACCCAGCGGGGGACAGACCGGGUGGGCUUUUUCCCCCCUUCAGUGGUGGAGGUCCUCAGCAAAAGAGCAGGGGGCACGCUCUUCCGCCAAGCUUCAAUGCCUUGCAAACGACAACACUUUGUGUCCAGAGCUCCUCCUCCGAGUCACGGCCCCGCCCCUCAGACUGAUGACUUAUACAUCCUUGGCUAUGACCCUGCAGGUGCUCCAUUGGGCAGUCAGCUCUCAACCCCAGCUAGUUCUGCUAGCCCCACUCAGGAAAUCUGGGUCCUCAGGAGCUCUCCCACUGGUGACAGAAACAGUGUCGGCAGCGCCGGCAGUGUUGGUAGCAGCCGCAGUGCAGGGAGUGGUCAGAGCUCAGAGAGCGGCCACAAACAGAAUGGGAUUCAUUGCUGCCACAACAAUGACGCUGGCAAGCUGGCUCCCUCUGCUGGUGAGUCAAGGGACCGCGUUAUAGGAGUGGACCACAGCAAACAGGUUGAUGGAUCCACAGGUGGUUCCCGCCAACAGGUUAACGGCACUCCUCAGAAAGGCUUUGUGAGGCCUGAACAGCUUUUGGAAGGCAAGGAUUCAGAAGCUAUCUACCAGUGGCUGUGUGGGUUCCAGCUCGAGCAGUACACGUCCAGCUUCAUCAGUGCAGGAUAUGAUGUCCCCACCAUCAGCAGAAUGACCCCUGAGGAUCUUACAGCUAUCGGAGUGACCAAACCAGGCCACAGGAAGAAGAUAUCGAUGGAGAUUAGCAAGCUGAGCAUUCCCGAGUGGCUCCCAGAUUACAUUCCUUCGGACCUGGGGGAAUGGCUGAGUGUGAUUGGAUUGCCUCAGUACCAGAAAAGAUUGUGUGACAAUGGCUAUGACUCCAUUGCCAUUGUCAAGGACAUCACCUGGGAGGACCUGCAGGAGAUAGGCAUUACUAAACUGGGUCAUCAGAAGAAACUAAUGUUAGCAGUGAAGAGACUGUGUGACCUGCAUCGCUCUCGUAACCAUGCCGACAGAGGCGAAACUCUCAGACGAAAGCUGCCUGCUGCUCUCGAGCUGGUGGUUAUCGAACACACGCCGACACACAAUGCUCAGGCACGCGCCGACACUCCAUCCAAUGACUGUUGCUCCUCCCCUCGUACUCCCAGAGCCCUCCUUUCCUUCCAGGACAGCGAGCUGAGCGUGGAGCUACAGAGUGCAAUGAUGGGAAAGGCGGGUGGAGGUCCCGCUGAGAUGUUCAGCAUUAAAGGCGUGUCCUCUGCAGGUGGAACUGCCAUGUCGGUCAGUCAAGAGAGCAUUGGCAUGCGUUCGCGGGGUUCAGGGAAAUCUGGGAACUCUGGAAAUGUAAAUUUGGCUCAUUGUCAGGAUCAGCAGGCCGUACUGUCUUCAGCCAGGACAUCGAGCCGGUCUGAGGAGAGUUUAAGUAGCGGUGCAGGGGAGGAGGUGAAGAGUGGAAGAAGCAGUCCUGGAGGCAGAAGUAGACAGAGACCCAGUGAGUCAUGGGUGCAUCAGAGUCAAUCUGCUAUCCCAAAUAAAAUCCCCUUCUCCCCUCUCACACCUCCACUGACCCCCAGCAAGAUGCCCCGCUUUGCCUACCCAGCUGUGCCACCUAAAGCCAAACACUUCCACUCUCCUAACCGCCCUUAUCAGCCUCACCAACACCCACUCUCCUCCCCAUCUUCACCAUCCCCGCUAGCUUCCCCGACACAGAAGGCUUUCAGUUAUAUCCAAGCUCAAGCAGAAGUAGUCAGUGGGGCUCCACGACUACUUUCCAAGCCACUGCCUGGGGCUGUCCCGCUGCUGGGGCCCUUACUUGUACGGGGCCCAGCCAAUGUAACUCAAAAAGGCCCACAAAAGAAGCGCUCGCAAAGCCUGAAUCGCUAUGCUCUGUCCGAUGGUGAGCCAGAUGAAGACGACAGUCCCACUUCCCCUUGCACCUCUGCUUCCUCUGCGGUCGUGCCAUCUUAUGCCACCAUGUCACGCAGGCCGGGACGUGGCCAUGCAAGUCCUCUAGGGGCCCAAUGUCACAUCAACCGUAGCCACUCCUUUGCCGUGCGCUCUCGACGCAAAGGUCCGCCUCCACCCCCACCUAAGAGGAUGAGCUCGGUAAACGACACCCGUGCGUGUCAACCAGGAAACCACCAAGGAGUGGAGCCAGAGGUGAAGGAAGGGGUGGAGACGGAGAGUGCAGGCAGUGUGAGGAGUAUCGCAGCCAGGCUUGAAGGCAGCAGCAGCAGUAGCCCAUCUAGAAGAAUAGAUAUACCACCAGUCCACCUCCCUGUUUCACCUGCAUUCAGCCCUGUUUCCUCACCGAUCCCACGUGGAUUUCCUUCUCACACCAUCACUCAGCACUCCAAACCUGUCCCAGCCUUGGGUCUCGGGGGCCUUAGGAGGGUAGGAAAUGAAAGGACAGAAGGAGACUUCAAUAGACAAAGAGGUAGAAGUACAGAGAGAGACUCUGGUGAGGACGUGAAAGCAAAGAAAAUUGAACACAUAUCAAAGAGUGCUGCUGCAUCUCCCAAGCACAGGUCCAAGGACCAUCUACCGUUUGCUGAAGAAGGCAACCUGACUAUCAAACAGCGACCCAGGAUAGCAGUCGUUAGUCAGCCAGGUGCUGAAGUUAAAACUCCUUCAGAGGCGGUGCAGACCCCAAACAGCCUUGAACUCCCAGAGUUCAAUCUAAAGGAGUCUGACACGGUGAAAAGACGGCACAAACCCAAAGACAAAGACGCGUCCACUCCUGAAGAGGUUAGCUCCCCACACAGAAACAACAAGCACCCAGAACCCAACAGCCUCCACACGCACAAUGACAUCAGUACACUGAGUGACGAUGAAGCUCAGAGGCCACACAAUGUUUUCCAGAGGAUAGGAUCAAUGGGAAAAGGCCCAAAGCCUCCAGUGUCCUCAAAACCUUCCAGUCCCCUCAAACAAACCCCCAACAGCAAACCAACAACUCCUCAAAAAAUGGUUUCGCCAUUGCAACCAAGCGGACAAACAGCCAUCCCUAACCUCACGAGCGUACAGAUUCACACAGUCUCCCCAAAGCUGAAAAGCAACAUGUACAUUCAGACUUGUAUGUCCAGUCCAAAGCCUGUGAACCACAGACAGACCUUCACGUCCGAACCUGAGAGUCCGCAGAAAGCCGUCGCUGUGCUGAGACUCCCUCAGAACAGCUAUGCAGCAACAGCAGGUCCGAAUCUCAGCAUGGCUCAAAGUGUUGCCUUUGCUGCUCCACCGUCACCAUUGCUGAACUCUUGCUGCCCACCCUCGGCACUACCCGGUCAGCCAGGAAAAGGAUGGGUAACCCCGCCUGGUGUGGCCAGUGUGGAGAUGCUGGCCCAGAAGAAACUAGAGCAAACUAGUACAUCACUGGAAGCUGCUCUCAAAGUAGUGGAGACCAAACUGGCACAGGGGAGCAAUGUGGACGGUGGGGGCACCACAGUGAAGGCAGCAGGCAAUAUUCUGGAUGACAUUGGCAACAUGUUUGAUGACCUGGCCGACCAACUGGACGCCAUGUUGGAGUGACCUCGCAACUUCUGUCCUGCACACAGAAAAAGUUUCUGUCUCAAGGGAGCAGCAGACAGAAACCCGAACAGUGAGCACGGGGUCAGAGGGGAAGAACAGAGAGCGUGGAGCUCAGCACUUCCUGGGGUUUAAGAUCAAUCAGUUUGUGAAUAUUUGAGGACUUUCCUGCACAGCUUUUCCUCUGUUUUUGAACGUGAGCACUUCGCCUUAGGACACACACCUGGGAAAGUUAUUGGAGGGAGUACAAACAGCCGCCAGAAGAGCUUCCCGAUGUUGUAUCUUCAGUAUCACUAAAAGGGAAUAAGAGUCCGUUGUAUCCAUGUAACCUGUGUAUAUACAGACACGUGUUUAUGUGUGUAGUCAAAUAUCUUUAUACUGAACAUAUUGACCUGUGAUUAUAUUUAUACUUAUAUAUGUUGGGUUUUUUAACCAAAAGAGUUCCUAUUGGCUGCUUUAACCCAUUCUAUUGUAUAUUAGCAAGAUGAACUAAUAUGUAUAUUUUGCUGCUUAUGGUCUGUAUGUUGGGGAAAUGAUUGUUUAAUAUAGGGAAAGAAUCAUAUUUCAUAAAUGUACAUUGGAUUGGCGUGGACCUGUUUUAACACAAGUGUUUGUUGUUGUUGUUCUUUAAAGCACUGUUACUGUCAGUAAGAACAGAUGCUGAUCGGUUUUAAAGUUAUUUAGUAACAGAGCUCAUCUCAGGUUGGUGUGGUACCGUCAGCAUGUUUCAUUUCAGCAGUGGCCAAAACAUUUCGUGGAAGGCAACAUGUUAAUGAACUCAGACUGAACAUGGAGUCUUCAUUUGCUGCCAAAAUGUUUAAUUGGCGUAUUAACUGAUAGUUAUAUAUUUGAUUAUAUAUUUAAAUGAACAAACUCGAUGUGAAUUUGACAUCAAAUUUUUAAGAGGCUUUUAAUUUUUUUAGAACAUUGUCUCUCCCAUUUUAAUUUCACAAUCAAUCGUUUAGCAUUUCCUGUUUCCAUUUUUUUUCGUUCAGUGUUAAAUGUUGUUCCAGCAGUGUUCAGACUAAAUCCCACAGAGGUUUUAUGUGCCAGAUUUCUGACAACAUUUAGCAAUUAGUUGCUUUUGUCUUACACUCUUAUAGGUCUUUGAAUGCAGUAUAGGCUCACAAAAUAUGUCACAAACGCUCUGUGGCGGGGCAGGGGAGGGGCUGGUGGCCACAUGGAGGGAGCAGGGGGCGGUGUCGCGCUGACAAGUGGAUGAACUGCAGGACCAGACCGAGUGCCGGAUGCACGUGAUUAUGAUUCUGGCCAUACACCACAACUGCUCCGGUCCCCAGGGUGAGGCCAGCCAGGAUGCCGUCUGCCUCCACACCCGUACCCACUCCUCAGGUGGAAGCAUGCUGGUGCCUGCACCCAUUCCUGCUCCCCGGAGGAGGGCCGCUGAGCAACCUCCGCGUCCACCACCAGCUCACUCACCUGCUCAGCCGGGGCCGGAGAAACUGUUUGUUGUUAAAGAAGAAAAUAGAAGACUUAGUUUGUGGGAUCAAACUGGUUUAAUUUGUAGAACUGAGUUGUAAAUUGAGAAAAUGAUUACUUUGAGUUUUGUAUCAGUUAAAUUACUCUGGCAUACUUCAGCCUCCGUACAGAGCAGGGACCAGUCUCCUAACUGUAAAUAACCAGCAAAGUUUGAUAAGAACUUCACUUUGGAUUGUUGUUCUUCUGUUUGUUUGUUCUCUAAGAACAAUCGCUUGUUCCUGCUGCAGUGAAGACGUUUGUCAGCAGAUGCUAAAUCUAUUGUAGCACUGACAGUUACUCCUGUACCGAUUCACUUUAAAAUUCUCUUUUAGAGAAUGGAGUUGAAUCUCUCUCCCAAACCUUUGCUGGGAAGAUUUGGUUAAUGGAAGCUGUCAUGUUUUUACAUUUUUUUAAGAUAUCAAGCAUGUUCACAUUCAUGCAACAGCUUUUUUUCUCUGUGGUUUCGCUCUUCUGUUUUGUUUAUUAAUGUUUCCUUCUGAAUUCUGUGUCAAACCAGAAAUAAUUAAAGGGAUUUGUACUGACA